CCUGAAAUAGGAAGAAAACAGUGACAGCCGCGCCACCCGCUAAACAAGGCGAAGCGCACGGCAACAAAUCUCGCAAUCGCUGCCCCGUUUAAAUGAGCGGAGGAGCCGGCGGGAGGAGAGCGGAGCCAGACGGCGCACAGGAUCGCUGCUCUUAUCCGACACGGGAACCACAAGGAUGAAUCACCAUGUGGCCACCAAAGGGCUGUGACAUCACCGUGAAUCUGUGGACGGAGGCCGAGCGUCGGGCGCCGGAGCUAACUCUGCUUUCCUAACCUCGCUUUGGGAAUACUGCAACCCCUUAUAUUGGAUUUCUUUGUUUGUUUUGCUGCUGCAAAAUAGAGCCGUUAUCUGCCAGCGUUCCCGUUGAGGUUCAGCUUUAAGAUCAGGAGCCGGUGAUCUUUAAAAAAAAAAAAAAGGACUGCCCUCCCUCACCUCCACAAUGGAGACUCUGUCCCAAGAUUCGAUUCUGGAGUGCCAGAUCUGCUUUAACUACUACAGCCCGCGGCGGCGGCCCAAACUGCUGGAUUGCCGGCACACGUGCUGCUCGGUGUGUUUGACCCAGAUGCGCAGCAGCCAGAAGGAGAUCCGCUGUCCCUGGUGCCGCGGCGUCACCAAACUCCCGGCGGGCCUGUCCGUCUCGCAGCUGCCGGACGACCCCGACAUCAUCACCGUCAUCGCCAUCCCGCACGCCUCCGAGCACACGCCCGUCUUCAUCCGCCUGCCCAGCAACGGCUGCUACAUGCUGCCCCUGCCGGUCGCCAAGGAGCGGGCGCUCGGCCUGCCGGGGGAGCUGGGCUGCCGCUUCCUGCCCGGCGGCCAGCAGAAGGGCGUGACGGUGGUGACCGUGCCCGAGCAGCAGCCCCUGGGCCUGGGCAUGGGCCUGGAAGGCGUGGCGGUCGGGCUGGAGGGAGGAGACGGCGAGAGGAGGAGCGUGGGGCCGGUGGGAGGAGGGAAGGGCUCCACGUGGUCCGGCGUGUGCACGGUGAUCCUCGUGGCGUGCGUGCUGCUCUUCCUCCUGGGCAUCGUGCUGCACAACAUGUCCUGCAUCUCCAAACGCUUCACCGUCAUCUCCUGCGGCUGAGGAGGUGGGAGAGGCCGCCCGGACUGCCACGGAUCCCCCCCUGGACUCCCCCCCCGUCUAGCCCCGCGUCUCCUCGGGUCGGGACUGUGCUGAGGAGAGGGGACUAAACUCACAUCACGGGCAUCCAAGGAGGCUACCGAGAGAAAAGCAAUGAGACAGAUGGAGUCAAAAGACGGGGCACGAAAGAAAACCACAAAUUGGAAACCGGGUCCAUCAUUGCCUCCCCCUUUUGUUGUGAUUUGGAGGAUGCUUGACACGAAAUGCAUUGUAAUAUUUGAAUGGAAAUAUACACACACACAUGUCCCUGCCCACCUUGAACACCCUUAUUUUCUUCUUGGACAGCAGCAUUUUGCAGACCCUGAACCCUUUCUGAUCUUUCCAUUUUCUCAGAGAAAAGGCCUUGGUAAUGACUCGAGAUUUUUUUUUUUUUUUUUUUUUUAGGCUGCCUGUGGCUAAGGGUUGGGCUCACACACACACACACACACACACACAGUAUCGGUGGGUUGCCUGUUUAGUCUGUGGUCUGUAGAAGUACAUCCGUUAUCGUUGUGUUGUUUAGCCGAGUGUCGGAUCCCAGAGCGGUGUCUCCAGCUGGUGCUGCAGUACAGAGUGUCUGGACUUGGCUGCGCUCUGUUCUCUGGCGCUGCAGGAAUUAACUAUGUAGAGUCCACCUCUGGCCCCGGCUGAAUCACCGGGGGGACUCAGCAGAAUCAACACCGCUUUCAUUUUCUCGCUUCUCACGCGCUCACAAACUGUUUCUGCGGUGGGUCCAUGUAGUUUUGUAGAGCAAAAAAAAAAAGAAAAAGAAAAAGACACACGGAUCGUAUUGUGAUUCAUGCCAGCGUAGUGUGUAGACCCACCCUGAAAGCACAGGCCUUUAACGGACAUGCAGAGGUAACACGUAUUGAAUCGCUUGUAUUGAGGCUUUAAAUGUUUUGAAUAUAGGGGCAGAUGUGCCACUUUGUGUAGCCGUCUGGUCGGGUGCUCUGCCAGGAAAUUAAACGCUCGCUGACAAAAUAUCCAUGAAAUGUCCUCACGCCCACAGAAAAAAAAAAAAAAAAAAAAAAAAAAAGGAAGCAGAGACAUGCAGGAAUGGUGGCAC